AUGUGGACAAAUUUUGCAAAAUAUGGAAAUCCUACUCCUACAGAUAACGAUGAACUUUUACAAAUCACUUGGGAUUCUGUAGAGAAUGAAAAAAGGCUAAAUUUUUUGAGUAUAAGCUCAGAUUUAACAAAAGGAAGAAAUCCAUUUUAUAAUCGUAUGUUAUUUUGGGAAAACAUACAUAAGGAACAUAUUGUUCUUAAAGUUAUCACACAUAUGAAUGACAUGGGGCUGAAGUUUUAG